AUGGAAUUCGAUACUGCGUCCGUUGAGAGACUCGCUGGCGAGCUCUUGGACCGCAUGUUGAACGCUCAUGACCCUCACCAUGGCUUUGCAUCGAUAACCUGCUCUAUCUACGACACGGCCUGGUUAUCGAUAAUCUCGAAGACCGAGAACGGAGUGACACAAUGGCUCUUCCCAGAGAGCUUUUUUUUUCUCCUAGAUGCACAACAGAAAAAUGGCGCCUGGGAGACGUACGCUUCCCCUAUUGACGGCAUCCUCAACACGGCCGCAGCGCUGCUAGCGCUCUGCCAACAUCACGAGACACCAUACCAGCUAGAAACAGACUGCAGCCUCGACAAGCGAAUCUCAUCUGCCAAGCAAGCUUUGCAGAACAUGCUCGAGGACUGGAAUUUUGGAGAUACGCUGCAUGUGGGGUCUGAGAUUCUUGUCCCGGCUUCCCUGACCGCGCUCGAAAGAUACAACAUGCGCUUCCAGUUCAGCGGUCGCGAGGUACUCUACAAAAUAAGAGACAAAAAGCUCUCCAUGGUCGAUAUCCACCGUCUAGAAGACGAGCACGGACCGGCACACUCCAUACUACACUCCCUCGAGGCUCUCGAGGGGAAGAUCGAUUUCGACAAAAUCGCGCACCACAAGGUCCGUGGCAGCAUCAUGGCAUCGCCGUCAGCCACGGCCGCGUACCUGAUCCAUGCGUCAGCUUGGGACAAAGAGUCAGAAGCUUAUUUGCGGCAUGUCCUGGCCCAGUGUAAAAGGGACGGGAAUGGCAGCGUGCCCAGUUUCUUUCCCGCUACGCUGUUUGAGUUAUCUUGGGUUCUAACGACGUUGCUCGCUGCUGGAUUUGAAAUGGACGUGCUGGGGAAGGGGAAGUUGGAGAUAUUCCGGAAAAUACUGGAGGAUGAGAUCCACGCCCAUCAAGGGCUGAUCGGAUUUGCCCCUCAAAUCCAACCAGAUGCAGACGACACUGCCAAAGCAAUUACGUGCUUGAACCUUUUAGGAGCAGAUGUAUCUGUCUCGGCUUUAGUGGACAACUUCAAUCAUGGGGAAUGCUUCAAGACAUACCCUCAAGAGAGGAACAGUAGCAUUAGCACAAAUUGCAAUGUACUAAUGGCUCUUCUGUCCAAUCCUACAAAUAUAGCAAAUCACAGCGCUGUCAUCACGAAAGUUACCAGAUAUCUGUGCAAAAAGUGGUUUACAACGCAAAUAAUCACCGAUAAAUGGAACCUCUCCCCAUAUUACACGAUAAUGUUAAUGGCGCAAGCCUUAACUCAGGCACUGAAAGUCUGGGGUAACUCAAGCAUCCUCCAGAAGGAAGCCCGUGAACUCUUCACAGACGACAUCCCGCUGGCACUCUUCCAGAUCCUGGUCUACGUACUCCAGAGACAACGUUCGGACGGCUCGUGGGAUGGUUCGAAGGAAGUCACGGCAUAUGCACUUAUCAUCGUCGACACCCUGACCGAGAUAGCCUGCCGUCAACUCCAGGAAAAGAAGAUACGGGCUGCGGUCCAUCAAGGCCGGGUAUUCCUCUCGAAAGUCUUCGACAGUCAACCUCACGCAGACAGACUGUGGAUUGAGAAAGUCACGUAUGGCUCGCGAAAUCUCUCAGAAGCAUACAUACUCGCUGCCUUGCAUUCUUCUUCUGUUUACCAGAACGGGGAAAUACCCCAUGUCGCAAAAGCAGACGAUUCGGCCUCUGCCAUGGGAAAUUUCUACACCAAUCUCCCUGUAUUGAAACAGACGCCACAAUGGCUGAUCGACGCGUCCCUGUGCGAAGGUUCUCUUCUCCGUCCACGUCUGCAACGAAAAUGUCAAGAAAUCUUCCCCGAUGGAACCGGUAACGGGGAACACCUCAACUUUAUCCCGUUCACCUGGACAAUGCCAACACGACUGGUUAAGGCUGACCUGGGCGCCGAUGCGCAGCUAGAUAUAAUGGCUUUAUCUGCGUUUCUCUAUACCCUCGAUCACCAUAUGGAGGGUGUCAUCGGUGUGCGAGGGGAGAACGAACGGCGAGACGUGAGGUGUGCCGUAAACAGGGAUUUCAACUAUAUACAGCGUUACGGCCAUUUACCAAGUCCUCUAUCCCUGGACGAAACAUUACAACGUUUUAUCACUUACAUCUGGGAGCACCCCAAGGUCCAGAGUGCAUCAGAAAUCGACAGAAACGCCCUCCUCGUCAAUCUACGCCGCUACCUCCUCGCCCACCUCGAUCAAGUCGAUGACAACCACCAUCUCCACAACCGCCGCACAUCAGGACGAGAAUCUAUCACUGAGCCGCGCCAUACUUCUCUCUUCCAAUGGAUCCAAACAACAUCCGGCCACAGCACAGGCGGGCAAGUCGCCUUCUCCUUCUUCCUCUGCUUGACAGCCUCAGGAACAGAUUCCCUCCCAUCCCCUCGAGCCAAAUACAUCGGCGAAGAACUCUCCCAAUGCCUAGCAGCGCUCUCCCGAUUAGAAAACGACUACGGAUCCCUGGAGCGAGAUAGAUUGGAAGGCAAUCUCAACAGCAUCGACUUCCUCAUCCCAGCUGGACAAAUCGAUAACGGGCAUCUGGAUAGAGUGAACGGCCAGCCAUCAUCUGCGGCUUUAGCUACCGCUAAAAAAGAACUCCUAGCUCUGGCGGAGCAUGAACGGAAAACUAUCAAUCGACUCCUCCAUACCAACCUUCCUGACCUUAUUACACCGGCUGUGUUCAAAGCGCUUACAGUAUUUACCGCCGCAGUCGAUAUCUACGGGCAGAUGUACGUGCUCAAGGACCAUACGCCGCGAAUGGGGGAGAAGCGUGUGCGUCGGGAGGGGAAUGGGAUUGCUGAGAAUGAUUGUGCAAUUGGGUACAAGCGGGUCAAUGCAGACAAGGAAAUUUCGAAUGUGUUGUGA